ACUGCUCUAAUAGUAUUCCGCAUAAAGUUAAAACGAAACACUCUCGCUCGCGCUCGUAGUUGGUUACGCAACCACGCCGCCAAAUGGCGGGGCGCAAGCACCCACACUCCUCCCUCACGCGCCAUGACGAGACGCGCCUCGCGUAUUCCUCCGCCGCCGCCGUCCGCACCCUCGAGGAAGGCGUCGAGGCCCGCCACCGCGAGAUCCAGACCCUCAUCGCCGACAACCAGCGUCUCGCCGGCAUCCACGUCGCCCUCAAGCAGGACCUCGCCGCCACUCAGGAGGAGCUCCGCCGCCUCUCCGCCGCCUCUGCCGAGGUGAAGGCCGAGCGCGACGCGGAGGUGCGCGAGAUCUACGAGAAGUCGCUGAAGGUUGACGCCGAGGUCCGCGCCGUCGCUGCCAUGGGCGCCGAGCUGGACCGGGUGCGGGCGGACGUGCAGGAGCUCGCGGCGGCGCGGAAGGAGCUCGCGACGCAGCUUCAGGCCGUCGAGAGUGACCUCGCGAGGGCGCGCGCGGAGGCGCAGUUUGUGCCCGCGAUCAAGGCCGAUAUAGAGGCCAUGCGCCAUGAGGUUCAACGAGGAAGGAAUGCUAUUGAGUUUGAGAAGAAGACACAUGCUAGUAACCUUGAGCACAAACGGGCUAUGGACAACAAUAUGAUCAUUAUGACCCGUGAGGUUGAAAAGUUACGUGCUGAGUUGGCUAAUGCAGAAAAGAGGGCAAGGGCCGUGAUGGCUGCAUCUGCAAAUCCAAGUCCUGGAUACCCUGCAAACUAUGACAAUCCUGAGGGAUAUGGAGGAAUCGCAUACCCUCCUGAUUCUUAUAGCAUGCAUCAGAUCCAAGCUGGGGUUGACACACAUUCUCCAUAUGGAGCUGGAGCGCCAGUACACCAUACACAAGUGCGUAGAUAGGCUUUAUUUUUUGAAGGAAGAGAAAGGAAAAGAAUGUAAUGUUUUCCUAAGUCUCCUUCUCCCUCAAAGAAACUUGUACAAUAGCAGCUCAUAUAAUUUUGCUGAUAUCUGAAAGUGGGUGACACACCCAUGAAGCACCUGUUUUAACCGUCAGAUAAAGAAAUUUAAUGACUGUGAUUUGUUAUCAGUUA